AUGGCACUUUUAAAGAGACUGUUGAAGAAAUCAAUCUACAUCUUCGCACUUAUCGUAUUUCUGAUAUUUAUGCUAAAAUCAUCAUCAACAUCGUCCCCUCCCGCACACAGAUUUCAUCGAAGAGAUCCUCAAAUAUCACAAUGCGGAAAUAACUGCCCCCCACCAUCACCUACACCGACAGCUCCACCGGGACAAACAGUUGUUACCGUAACAGAAACCUCAUCCAGCACAUCCUUAUCGAUCAUUCCUGAAACAACAGCACAAGUACCAACUACUUUGCCUGAUGGACAAGUGACAUAUACAAGUGUAGUUAUACCGCAAAGAACAUCAACGAUAGUGAAUGUUGUGACUGGAACGAGAACGACAACUACUCCUACGUUGCAGGCGAGCGGGGGAGUGAGAGCGAGAGGCGAUGGAACAUUCUGGAUGAUGGCAGCGUUGAUUGGGGUCGCAUCAUUCUUUGCUGCUUUCUAA